GCGAGCGUCGGGGUUCGAUCUCUGGCCUCGAUCGCCUCGCUGCCACCCGCAGUGGCCGACUUUGUGAAGGGGGCUGUGGAGGAGUGUAAGCCUACCAAUGUACACGUGGUGACUGGGACGCCGGAAGAGACGGCCAACAUCCUGGCAGGUCUGGAGAGGGAUGGCAUGGUCAAGAAGCUUCCCAAAUAUGAGAACUGUUGGUUGGCACGUACAGACCCAAAAGAUGUGGCCCGAGUGGAGAGCAAGACUGUGAUAGUGACCAAGAAGCAGAGAGACACGAUCCCCAUCCCUGCUGCAGGGGUGAAAAGCCAGCUGGGUAACUGGAUGAAUGAGUCUGACUGGCAGAAAGCCAGAGAGGAGCGUUUCCCUGGCAGCAUGGCCGGUCGGACUAUGUAUGUGAUCCCCUUCAGCAUGGGUCCCGUAGGCUCAGCUCUGACCAAAUAUGGUGUCCAGGUGACGGACUCUCCAUAUGUUGUGGCCAGUAUGGGUAUCAUGACGCGUAUGGGCACUCCUGUUCUCAAUAAACUGGCUGAGGGAGUGGAGUUUGUCCGCUGUCAGCACUCCGUGGGGCGACCUUUACCUCUCAAAGCUCCUCUGGUGAACUCAUGGCCCUGCAACCCAGAAAAGGUGCUGAUAUCCCACCUGCCCGACACCAGGCAGAUCCUCUCCUUCGGCAGUGGCUAUGGAGGGAACUCUCUCCUUGGGAAAAAGUGCUUUGCCCUGCGCAUCGCCUCCCGCAUCGCCAAAGAUGAAGGCUGGCUGGCUGAGCACAUGCUGAUCCUAGGAAUCACCAGUCCUCAGGGUGUGAAGCGAUACAUCGCAGCUGCCUUCCCCAGCGCUUGUGGUAAAACCAACUUGGCCAUGAUGAAACCAGCUCUACCAGGCUGGAAGGUUGAGUGUGUAGGCGACGACAUUGCCUGGAUGAAGUUUGACAGCCGAGGUAAACUGAGAGCUAUCAACCCAGAGAACGGGUUCUUUGGCGUGGCCCCGGGCACCUCCAACAAGACCAACCCCUACGCCAUGGCUACUAUUGCUAAAAAUACUGUGUUCACCAAUGUUGGUGAAAGCAGCGAUGGGGGGGUGUGGUGGGAAGGACUCGACCCCCCUCCUGCUGACAUGGCGCUCACAGAUUGGCAUGGCAAAACCUGGAAACAAGGAAGCUCAACACCCUGCGCCCACCCCAACUCCCGUUUCUGUGCACCAGCGGCUCAGUGUCCCAUCAUUGACCCCCAGUGGGAGAGUGAGGAGGGUGUCCCCAUUGAUGCCAUCAUCUUUGGUGGGAGGAGGCCAGAAGGAGUCCCAUUGGUCUACGAGUCUUUCAACUGGCAGCACGGAGUAUUUAUUGGAGCUGCAAUGAGGUCCGAGGCCACAGCAGCUGCUGAGCAUAAAGGCAAGGUGAUCAUGCACGACCCCUUCGCCAUGCGGCCGUUCUUCGGCUACAACUUUGGAGACUACCUCGCUCACUGGCUGAGCAUGCAGAGCCGUAAGGCCCCCACUCAGCUGCCCAAGAUCUUCCACGUCAACUGGUUCAGAAAGGACCCGGCAACCGGUGCCUUCCUGUGGCCUGGCUUCGGUGAGAACGCCCGCGUGCUAGAGUGGAUCUUCAAACGCUGCGGCAGAGAGAGAGAGGACGAGGCAGCCAAAAAGAGCAUUAUCGGCUGGGUGCCACAAGAUGGCGCCAUCGACACUAAAGGUCUGGGCAGCAAGGUGGAUAUGGGCGCACUGUUCGACGUGCCCAAGCCUUUCUGGCAGAAGGAGACCCAGGAAUUGAAAGCCUACUUUACUCAGCAGGUUGGCGCUGACCUGCCAGCGCAGGUGGAGGCUGAGCUCAAGGCAUUGGAGGAUAGAGUACACAAUUAAAAAGCCUCCUGACAGAAAGUAAACAAAGAAGCAGGGAGGGAGGUACUCAGGAAGCAGAAUUCACAUCAUGAAGGUGUAAUCAGAACUAGUGACUGAGUUUACAUACACAGAAAUUUAUAAAUAAAUAAAUAAACAAAAAAUGGGUAGAAUGAAUCUUAUGUAGAGGAUUCAGUCAUAAAACCAGCAAUAAUGUGAAUAUCAAACUUUCCCUGUGUAUGAAAACGCAGUCAGUGACUCCUGCCUGUCCCUUUGCAAAGAGAAUUGAGAUGUGAGAUUAUCAGUACAACACCUUCUGUUUUUGGACAUCAUUUCACACUGUUGCUAUAACACUUGAGGCUGCUGCUGGGUUGGUAGGUGGAACAUUAUACUGGAGUGCAACCAACGGUGCCUUUUAAGAGUUUUAACAAUAAUGAGUUCAGGCUGCUAAUGUUUACAGGCUGAAGCCCAAAGAUUUUUUUUUUUUUUAGAAAGAAGAUGCAGUCAGAACAUUUUUAAUUCAUUAAAAUAACAUUUUAAAGGAUUAUUUUUAUCACCACUUUUUAACACUUAACAUCCCUUCCAGGACUGACUCAUGAAUCACUAAUCAUUCAAGACAUCCCAUAAUAGUUUUGUUAUAGAAACACGUCUAUAUGUAUAUGAAUAUAUAUGUAUACACGUGUACACAUCAGAAGAAAGGAUUUUGUUUUAUACAUGAUUUGAAAACACUGAAUCAUUGGCGGGGAUGGUGUUAAAUACACUAAGUACACAUACAUUGUCCAGGUCUCAUUGAAAUGUCAUUUUGAUGUUCAAAUGAAAAAAAAAAAACCUUAAAAAUGCAUUAACUGUUCAAAAGUGAAAAGUUUAGCGGGUUUUCACUGAGGCCAAAGAUCACUAUGCAUUAUUCAGCUCACCACUUCAGAAACAUUUGUGAUUAAGCUGCAUGAUUUAUGAUUUCAAGCGACGUUUACGUGCAGUACGUGAAACGUUGGACCAAUUCAAGUGACUGAGAUUAUCAGGUAUUUGUAGAAGUUGUACACCGAGGAUUUUAUUACAGUGCAAUGAAUAAACCUCUU